AUGCCAUCUCACUUAAAUUUUAUCACCGGCAACGCCAACAAACUCCGCGAGGUGAAGUUCGUUCUCGAUCCGGCGGGCAUCGAAGUCCGCAGCCAGAGCAUUGACAUUGAAGAGGUCCAGGGGACCAUUGAGGAGGUGACCAAGUCGAAGUGCAAGAAAGCCGCUGAGACUGUGAACGGACCUGUGCUAGUAGAAGACACCGCGCUCUGCUAUAAGGCGCUUGGUGACCUUCCCGGCCCCUACAUAAAAUGGUUCAUGGCGGCUGUUGGCCACGACGGAUUGAACAAUCUGCUUGCUGCGUACGAAGACAAGUCUGCCGAGGCCGUAUGCACUUUCGGCUACUGUGAAGGCUGGGAUGCAGUGUUCGAAUACAAUGGCAAAACCUUCGCUGAGAUGGAAAAGGCCGAGAAGAGCGCCAUCUCCCACCGUGGUAUAGCUCUGAAGAAGCUGCAGGAAUGGUUCAACGAGGAGAACACAACGCUGAACUAA